CAGAGAAGAUUCUGUUAUUCAAUGUUACCGCUGAUGUAUUGAAUAAUGAGUGCUUUGGUGAAUUAGCAGUUAAUUCAUCGUCUAAAGAAAAGUUGAAGAACCGAAUUAUAAACUUCGUUCCAAGACGACGAAAAGAACUGAAGCUACUACUCAACAUUUCGAACGGAUUGUUAUUCGACAAACGUGCUGGGUCUUGACAAAGUUCCAGCCUGGAUGCUCAUCCUCGUAAAACUGAUGCAACAGCAUUAUGACGAUUAACAUUCUAAGCGCUCUCAACAAUUGGUUUUGGAGUGAGAAGAUAUGGCUCCCUCCCAACACAACAUGGGCGGACCGUGUUUCGACUCCAGAGAACCAAUUACCGAAUUUUAUGGAUUUAUGGACGUAUCCCUUCGCCCUUGCUGUCGUCUUUAACAUCAUUAGAUAUGGAAUCAUGAAUCCACAGGUGUAUGGCCCCAUCGCUGAGCGAUACGGCAUCAAAAACAUAAAACCGAAAAGUGUAGUUCCAAACCCAGUUUUGGAGGCCUUGUUUAAGAAACAUAAUAAGAAGAUUCCCGAAGCUGAGAUAACAAGAGCGGCUCGUCAACUCACUUGGUCCGAACGGAAGGUGGAACGAUGGCUGAGAGCCAGAGGUGCAAUGAAUAGAAUAAAUACAUAUACCAAAUUUUUGGAGUGCGCUUGGCAGCUCACAUACUACACUCUCGCUUUCAUAUUUGGACUUUAUAUUCUUUCGGAUAAGAUUUGGCUUCACGAUAUAACUUAUUGCUGGAAAGGUUACCCUCACUACAAACUGGACAACGACGUGUGGCUCUACUACAUGAUAUCCCUUGGGUUCUAUUGGGGCACAACCGCAACUCAUUUCCUGGAAACGAGGCGAAAAGAUUUUUAUCAGAUGUUGGGUCAUCACUUGAUUACGAUUGCUCUCAUGGUAUUUUCGUUUACCUGCAACUUCUCAAGAAUAGGUUCUCUUACUCUAGUGGUGCAUGAUAUUGCUGACAUUCCCCUUCAGUUGAGUAAGCUUUUUAUCUACCUCAAGUGGAAGAAAUGUUGUGAUAUUACGUUCACGCUAUUCGCAUUGUUAUGGAUGGUAACUCGUUGCGGGUACUUCCCUGUCAACAUUGUCGGCAGUACAUUGCUGUAUGCUCAUACUGUAGUGCCCAUGCAUCCAGUGUACUACAUAUUCAAUUUGCUUCUGAGUGCUCUAGCUGUUCUGCAUUUUUACUGGGCGUACUUCAUUAUAAGAAUCAUUGUCAACACUGCCAGAAAGGGUGUAGUUGAAGAUGACCGAUCGAGCUCAGAUGGAGAAGUUGUAGAAGAAGAUCAAGACGAUGGUGUCUUGAAGAAAGAGUCCUAACUUGAUGCAGAAUACUCUUCAAUACAAUGUUGUGGGAACAAUUGUAAAAUUGUAAGUUUUUAUUUUUACUAACUGUUAGACUUGCAUAUGAAAUCAUACGCAUAACUGUGAGAGGACUUGUUACCACCGUCAGAAUGGUGUAGCUUUUAGGGUCGGUGGAAAUUGGUGGUCUUGAAAGCUCCAGAUAUAUUUUUGUGUAAUAAUUUCAUUGAAGCUGUUUUUAAUAAUUAUGACUGACGCGCUAAUUUAAUAGCCAAAUAUGAGCAUAUUACUUUUAAAUGUUAUUUGCGAUGCGCUUUGCUUUCAUAAAAGUAAUACACUUAUAAGUUAUAACGUAUUUAAACAUCGCAUGAUGGACGUUAUUUCUCGAUCGAUUAUUAAAUAUUAACAAUAAUGCAAUUUUAGGAUAUUCUAAAUUUGGUGUUGCUAAUAAAUUUUAUGGCUACUGUGAGUUAUUUUUCUUCGUGUCAUGUUAGGACUAUUAGACAUUGGUGAGGCUAUAAUGAAUAAUCCAUGGUUACCAUGGAGUAAUCUUUUGUGUUUUUCAUGCAAUUGACAUUUUCGGAUGUUAUUCAACGUGAUCGUCUUGAAUUUUGAUUCCAAAAAUCUGUAGUGUAUGAACACUUGUACGUUUAUUUAUGCAUAUAGGCAUAAAUGUGCUCGGGCGGAAUUCGAUUUUUUUUUUGUGAAUAGAGCACACAGAAUGAGCUGUUGAGAUUAAAACAUUCAAGUUAUGUGAAUAAAGUUUCGUUAA